AGCCGACUGUAUGUAACUUGACGCACCGCCCUGGUCCUCAGCAUCCAUCAUCUAGGGGGGUUUAACAGGCCAGAGAGCUGACCAGCUGCAUCUUACACAGGUGCAUUGUUUCUUUGUUCUAGCUGUGGUGGAGUGUGGUUCUCAUCAUGGGGGAACUGUUCAGGAGUGAGGAGAUGACCCUGGCCCAGCUCUUUCUCCAGUCAGAGGCAGCCUACUGCUGUGUCAGCGAGCUGGGAGAACUGGGCAUGGUCCAGUUUAGAGAUCUGAAUCCAGACGUAAACGUGUUCCAGCGCAAGUUUGUGAAUGAAGUGAGGAGAUGUGAGGAGAUGGACAGGAAACUGAGGUUUGUGGAGAAGGAGAUCAAGAAAGCUAAUAUCCCAACUGUUGACACCGGAGAAAAUCCAGAGGUCCCUUUUCCCAGGGACAUGAUCGAUCUAGAGGCCACCUUUGAGAAGCUGGAGAACGAACUGAAGGAAAUCAACACCAACCAGGAAGCCCUGAAGAAGAACUUCCUGGAGCUGACGGAGCUCAAACACAUCCUCCAUCGAACACAGCAGUUCUUUGAUGAGAUGGAGGAUCCCAACCUGCUGGAGGAGUCAUCAGCUCUGAUGGAGGGCAGUGAGGGGGGCCGCGGGGCCCCGCUCAGACUGGGGUUUGUGGCUGGAGUUAUCAGCAGAGAGAGGAUUCCAACCUUUGAGAGGAUGCUGUGGAGAGUGUGUCGCGGUAACGUCUUCUUAAGGAAGGCAGAGAUUGAGGACCCUCUGGAGGACCCCGCCACGGGAGACCAAGUCCACAAAUCAGUGUUCAUUAUCUUCUUCCAAGGUGACCAGCUGAAGAACAGGGUGAAGAAGAUCUGUGAGGGGUUCCGUGCCUCACUCUACCCGUGUCCAGAGACCCCACAGGAGAGGAAGGAAAUGCUGGCUGGAGUCAACAGCCGCAUCGACGACCUCCAGAUGGUGCUGAACCAAACAGAGGACCACCGUCAGCGAGUGCUGCAGGCCGCCUCUAAGACCAUGCGGGUGUGGUUCAUCAAGGUGCGGAAGAUGAAGGCUAUCUACCAUACACUCAACCUGUGCAACAUCGACGUGACCCAGAAGUGUCUGAUUGCUGAGGUGUGGUGUCCUGUCUCAGACCUGGACUCCAUCCAGUUUGCUCUGCGAAGAGGGACGGAGAGGAGUGGCUCCACAGUGCCGUCCAUUCUCAACAGGAUGCAGACCAAGCAAACUCCACCUACCUUCAAUAAGACCAACAAGUUCACAUCAGGCUUCCAGAACAUUGUGGAUGCCUACGGCAUCGGGAACUACCGGGAAAUCAAUCCAGCUCCGUACACUAUCAUUACUUUCCCCUUCCUGUUUGCGGUGAUGUUUGGAGACAUGGGUCACGGUUUGCUGAUGACCUGUAUUGCCCUCUACCUGGUCAUCCGAGAGAGUCGCCUCGUCGCCCAGAAGAGUGACAACGAGAUGUUCAACAUGGUGUUUGCUGGUCGCUACAUCAUCCUGCUGAUGGGCAUGUUCUCCGUCUACACCGGAAUCAUUUACAACGACUGCUUCUCCAAGUCACUCAACAUGUUCGGCUCUGGAUGGAGCGUUAGGCCCAUGUUUGGCCCCAAAGGAGCCAACUGGACGUAUGAGACACUUGAUGAAAAUGCAGUUCUACAGUUAGAUCCAGCAGUUCCUGGUGUCUUCAACGGGCCUUAUCCUCUUGGAAUUGACCCGAUCUGGAAUCUUGCCACAAACAAGCUGACCUUCCUCAACUCAUUCAAGAUGAAGAUGUCUGUGAUCCUGGGUGUCAUCCACAUGCUGUUUGGAGUGUCUCUCAGUCUCUUCAACCACCUGUACUUCAAGAAACCACUGAACAUCUUCCUGGGCUUCAUCCCAGAGAUUGUCUUUAUGGCGAGCCUGUUUGGCUACCUCGCUCUGCUGGUCUUCUACAAGUGGACAGCCUAUGACGCCUUCACUUCCAAGGAUGCGCCCAGCCUGCUCAUCCACUUCAUCAACAUGUGUCUCUUCAACUACAACGACCCCAUCAACAAGCCCCUCUACAAGGGACAGAUGGGGAUCCAGAUUUUGUUGGUGCUGAUUGCCCUUGCAUGUGUACCCUGUAUGCUGAUUGUGAAAACUUUGGUGCUUCGGCGUCAGCACCUGUGGAAAAAGCACCUGUCCCAGAAGAGGGAAGAAACCGCUGCAGAGAAUCUAGAGCAGUCUUUAAAGCAAACAGGCGUGUCCUCAUCAUGCACCGGACUCACCCAACAGGGCACGCAGAAGUUCGGAGGGGUGCGGGUGGGCAACGGGCCCACGGAGGACGAGGCUGGCAUCAUGGACCAUGACCAGCUCUCCCAGCACUCAGAGGAAGGAGAUGAGCACGCGGAAGAAGAGCCGUUUGACUUUGGUGACGUAGCUGUCAACCAGGCCAUCCACACCAUAGAGUACUGUCUGGGGUGCAUCUCCAACACAGCAUCCUACCUGCGCCUCUGGGCCCUUAGCUUGGCUCAUGCACAGCUGUCAGAGGUGCUCUGGUCCAUGGUGAUGCACCUGGGUCUGGCCUCCCGGAGCGGGGGCGGGUUCUUCGGCCUGUCUAUCAUCUUCUCGGCCUUUGCCACCCUCACUGUUGCCAUCCUGCUCAUCAUGGAGGGGCUGUCAGCCUUCCUGCAUGCCCUGCGUCUGCACUGGGUGGAGUUCCAGAACAAGUUUUACUGUGGCCAGGGCUUCAAGUUUUUCCCCUUCUCCUUUGAGAGCAUCCUGGAUGGACGGUUUGACGAGUGAUCAGGCCUCAGCCCCUCCAGCAUGAGCUAGCAGAGUCCCCAGCCUUCCCUCCUCUGUGUGUGUUUGUGUGUGCGUGCGUGUGUGCAUGAGCCCAAAUACAGCCCUCUGUCACCCUCUAGUGGUCAUUCGUGAAACUUGUAUUGUGUAUGAGCUAUAAUGUGGUCCUUGUAAAGGGUUUUUCCAGGGCACAUGUGCCAAGCUGUACCCAUACUGGAGCUUCUAUUGCUGUGACACAGUACCACCACUGUACUCAGCACUCAGCAUGUUCACCUCUCUAUAAUAACAUCUCAUCUGCCAGCUUUCCCUCAAAUUCAUCCAUUACCAAAUACAUUUGGCAAGGUCUGUGUUCUUGUAGACAAAUGUGGUUUGUAGGCAGAAGUAGACAAGUCGCCACUACUGCGAUGACACCUGACUUGGAGAAACGUCUAUAACACUGUAAUGUAUGCGAAGGAUUUCACCAUUUAAGCGCUUGUUCCAAAAAAUCUGUCCAGUGGAGCCUGUAAUAUUGAUUAUAUUUUAAAAAGUAUAGUCAUCAAAGGCUAUUAAAAUAAAGUUUAUAAUCUAUAAAACCUAGAUUUAAAUUCAGCCCAGUUUUAACAAAGGGCUGGAUGUCUUUUCUGCUCUGUGCUGUUAUCAGCCGCUCCAACAACAAACUAAGACUUAGGAAAAAACGGAACGUAAAAUCCACAAGUUAUUUUUACAUAUCUAAAUCUCCAAUAUUAUUAAAUCCUCAUGUUUGGAUCACAUUCUGAGCAGCUUGUCAUCAAAAGGCCGAGUGAUGUGCCUACAGUCGGUGAGCCGCCGCCUGGCUGAGUUCUUGCCAGCUUAGUACUAUGUUUCCUGGACCAAAUUCCACUUUUUUUAAUUAAAUUAAAUUAUGUUGUAUUUAUCUAUUAAGUUAUGCAUUUCUUCUGAUCGCAAUUCAAGGAAUUACAGAGUUUGAUUAUUUAAAUACUGGCCAGCCAGUAUUCCUGCUGGGUUAAUGACCACACAGCACUCCAAAAUCCUGAGUCACAACCGGUUUCAGACAAGUGCUUUGUGACUGAAUAACUUCCACAUUCACACAGACUGCUGGUUGGGAUGAACCCAUCUCUGCUUUCACUGUCAGUGAAUUCAGAUCCACUCUGCCACUGCAGUAACGCUGGCGAUGCUUGAUAACACAUAAAUCAGCUGCUGGAUUCGUCUAUACCCCUAAACCUUAGCAUUUUGGUGUCAUGUCUUCUCCUAACAAACUGCACUAUAGUUUUGUUGGAGGACGCUUAGGAACCAAGUUUUCUCAGUGUGGUUCGGCGGUGUCUGUUCAGACUAGUCUGGCUUUGCCAGACCAUCCACUACACUGCGGAGUGGAGGAGGGUCUGGCUAGUCCACACAGCAUUCUGGGAUGGGAGAAAAACGUGCUCUGGUUUAUUGGCAUUUCUUUAAACC